UUUCUUGCUUAAUCUAAUCAUCUUGUUUUUAGCCUCUUUCCUUUUUCUUUCUCCUUUGCCCCCCAAUCUAUUCUCCUCCUUCUUCAUCCUCCUCCGUUCUUUCUCUCUCCUCAAUCUUUAUCUUUCUAAUUCUCUCUAUUACACAGAUCCAAAAUCUUCAACAGUAGCCUAAUUUCCGGAAAUUUCGUUUCACAAAGAUUCGGUUUUUAAUUAGCUUUAGUUUCAAUUCUGUUCUUUAAAUACUUCUUUUUCGUCAUAAUUUUAUCGUCGCUGUGGGAAAUGCCGUUUGAUAAUCGAAAAUUUGUUCGGAAAUUCCAAUAAUCAUCGCCAUUGAAUUCGAGCCUUAGGGUUUGGUUGGUCAAUUUUUCUUUUGGGUUAUGCAGCCCCCUUUUUUCAACUCUUUAUUACAGUUGGAUCUGAUUAGAAGGACAUUUUUCAUUUUCUAGGAAAAUUUCUGGGUUUCUACAAAUUUGUCAAAAAAUUGAAGUUUCCAAAAAAAUAAAUUGUACAUAAAGUACCAAUUUUGGUAAAAUCUUUGGAAAAUCGGUUGAUCUUGGGGCUUUUAUCCCUCUUAAUUACCUUAAUUACUUGUACAAAAAGUACAAUUUUUUUGGGAAAUUUAUCAGUUUCCUCUAUUUGAGUUGGGGCAAUUUUUUUUUUUUUUCUUUUGAAUUUUUGGUGGCUUAAAAAUUCUAAUUUGGGUUAGAUUAAGCUGUUUGAGAGUAUUGAACCAUGGAUCAUGUAAUUGGUGGGAAGUUUAAGUUGGGCCGAAAGAUUGGAAGUGGUUCAUUUGGGGAGCUUUACUUAGGUAUCAAUGUACAGACCGGCGAGGAAGUCGCUGUUAAGCUGGAAUCUGCAAAAACAAAACACCCGCAACUGCAUUACGAGUCGAAAUUGUACAUGCUUCUUCAGGGAGGCACUGGUGUUCCCCAUCUCAAAUGGUUUGGAGUAGAAGGUGAAUACAAUGUUAUGGUUAUUGAUCUUCUGGGCCCUAGUCUGGAGGACUUGUUCAACUACUGCACUCGCAAGUUUUCACUGAAGACAGUACUAAUGCUUGCUGAUCAAAUGAUUAGUAGGGUUGAGUACAUGCACUCAAGAGGUUUUCUUCAUCGCGACAUAAAACCCGACAACUUCUUAAUGGGUCUUGGUCGGAAGGCAAAUCAGGUGUAUGUCAUCGAUUUUGGCCUUGCAAAAAAGUACCGAGAUCUUCAAACACACAAACACAUACCUUACAGAGAAAAUAAGAAUCUCACCGGAACUGCUCGAUAUGCUAGUGUGAAUACACAUCUUGGUGUUGAGCAAAGCAGAAGAGACGAUCUAGAGUCCCUUGGCUACGUGCUUAUGUAUUUUUUGAGGGGAAGCCUUCCAUGGCAGGGCUUGAAAGCUGGAACUAAAAAGCAGAAGUAUGACAGGAUAAGUGAAAAGAAAAUGCUUACUCCCAUAGAGGUUCUUUGCAAAAACUAUCCUUCAGAAUUCACAUCAUACUUCCACUAUUGCCGGUCAUUGAGAUUUGAUGACAAGCCUGAUUACUCAUAUCUGAAGAGACUAUUCCGUGACCUUUUUAUUCGGGAAGGUUACCAAUUUGACUAUGUAUUUGACUGGACAAUAUUGAAAUAUCCACAAAUUGGUUCUAGCUCCAGACCAAGGCCAGCCGCAAAACCAGCUUUAAAUCCUGGAACUUCUGCUGAAAGAGCUGAGAGGACUUCAGGGGGACAAGAAAUUCGGGAUAGAUUUUCUGGCGCAGUUGAGGCAUUUGCUAGAAGAAAUCAUCCAGGCUCGGGUUCGCAAGGUCAUAGAUCAUCAGAUGAUCCAUCAUCGAAGGAUGUGAUUGCACUGAUUACAGGGAAAAUAACAAUGGUAAUAACAUCAAUAUGUUAUAUGUUCACUUGUUCAGCAAGCAGACCGUGAAAGAAGCCGUAUAUCAAGGAACGGGAGUACUUCAAAAAGAGCAAUUGCAUCAUCAAGUAGGCCAAGCUCUUCUGGUGAGCCUAGUGAUGGCAGGUCAAGCAGGCUGAUGUCAUCAAGUGGUCGUCUGUCUACAACUCAAAGGAUUCAAUCUGGAUUCGAGUCAAAGACAUCUACUCGUGCUCGUGUUUCCGCUACAAGACCUGGACGAGAUGAUCCUCUAAGAAGCUUUGAGUUUCUAUCUAUUGGCGCAGGUAGGAGAAAGUAACAAGUAAGAACAUGCUGAAAAUUGUUUCUGGGUACAUUCUGCUAUAAAUAGGAGGGAUAAAUCAAAAUCAAGAUCUCAAUCCUCUACAUUUUAAGAGGUCUUUAACCUGGGUUGUUCCAUAUGUGAUGCUUGAAAAGCUUUAACGGGUUAAUUCCAUUUCCCCGGAAUGAUUGUGCUCUCCCAAAGUCUUUCGCGCAUUAUAUGGCGCUGUAAACCUUCUACCUACCUCUACCGAUCCAAGGAGAUAGAAAGGAAGAUCACUCUAGGAAUUUGUCUAUAUGUUGAGACUAGGAGAAAUAAGGGGUCAUUUUUUUCUCUGUCCAUGAAUUAUAAUCAUAUGAUUUAAUUCAUUUUAAUGUACUUCGUAAGUGCACAUAUUUCGUAAUGUACCUAAUAAGCUCUCGUUUUCUUAUUCUAUACUGUAAACUUUUCUUAAUUAGCCUCCUAAUUGGCUAUUUGGCUAUAUGCAAGAUGAUGUUAUUAGCUUCAAAUAACAAUUUUCUGUGUCACAUAAGCUUUAGAGUUGACAUUAUGUUGAUGAAUAAACUAUACUUUGUAGUUCUAUUA